AGAGAAGACUGGUGAUUGCAUGAGAAGAAACUCAGCGGCUUCAGCUUUAGGGUGACACGAAGAGUAUUCAAACAUGGUAAGUCUCAGCAGUAACAUAGAAGGGAACUUAAAAGAGAUAGAGUACACUACAAGUAUAAAGGAGGAGCUGGAGGAUCCUACUGUUCAGGCAUCCGAUGCACUGCCCCUGCAAGACGUGUUGUGCGACUCGUGCAUGGAUAACCCCAGCAAAGCAUUAAAAUCCUGCCUGACUUGCAUGGUUUCCUACUGCGAGGCCCACCUCAGACCCCAUCUGGAGAAUGCCAAGUUUCAGAACCAUCGUCUGGUGGACCCCCUCCAUGAAAUCGACUGUCAGAGCUGUGAGGUCCAUCGGCUUCCUCUGAAAGGUUUCUGCCUUCUGGACAGCUGCUGUGUGUGCCUGGACUGUGAGAGCGAGGAGCACAAAGGGCACACAACUGAAUUACUGGGUGAAGCACGCACACAGAUGGAGACUGUGUUACAGAAGAAACAUGAAGAAAUCAGUAAGACUGUCUCGGCCGUAGAGGAAGCAAUUGGAAAACUGCAGAACAAUAAUGAUUUAAUUAAGUCGUCAGUGCAAGAGGUUUGUGUUGUUGUUGAACAGCAGUUCACCAGGCUCCAGACGACCGUGGAGGAGGUCAGAAAAAGGGUGGAGGAUGAGCUGGAAGGAGAGCAGAAACAGGCCCUGAGACAGGCCGAGGGCAUCCAGGCACAUCUGGAGCAGAGGAGAGCCGAGUUCAUGAAAAUACUGGCUCAAAUGAACACGCUGUCCAAGAGCAAGUCUGAUGUCGACUUUCUGCAGGGUUUUUCUGUGUGGGAGAAAAUAUUGGCUGAUGUUUUUGUGCCCACUGUACACAUCAACCGCAUGGACUACCUAAACUCAUAUGUCCAGGCAGUGACUGAUCUCACACAGGAGCUGUGUGCCCUCAUUUUCUCUUCCUACAGGGAAAAAAUCAGCAUCAUUUGUAAAAAUGGUGCCAAAGCCUUGAUGCCAGACUCCCAGCCUUCAACCCUGCCUGAUCCAGAGUCUCAUGAGGACUUCCUGACAUAUGCAAAAAACUUAACUUUUGACCCCGACACCACCCAUAAUUUCCUACGUAUCACGGAGGACAACAAGAAGCUGACCAACACCAGCCCCUGGCAGCACAGCUACCCAUACCACCCCAGUCGCUUUGAGUUCUGGCGUCAGGCCAUGACUUCGGACAGCCUGUAUUUGGGAAGGCACUACAUCGAGGCUGAGCUGAGUGGCGAGGGUGCUCACGUCGGCGUCACCUGCAAGAGUAUUGAUCGUAAAGGAGAGCAGAGCAGCAGCUGCAUCACCGGAGAUGAUUUUUCAUGGUGUAUGGGAAGGAACAGCCGAGGUUUCUCCGCAUGGCACGCUGAUGUGGAGACACCGUUAGAAGUCACCGAUAUCACCAGGAUCGGUUUAUAUCUUGACUUUCAACGAGGCACUGUGUCUUUUUAUAAUGUCACCGACGGUGUGAGGCUGCUCCACGCGUACACGGCUGAGCUUAUGGAGCCCUUAUACGUAUCAGUCUGGCUGUCAAAGAAAGAUAAUGUAGUUUCUCUGAUUGAUGCAAAAUGAUGAGCUUGUAAAAGAAAAGCAGAGUACCAUAAAUGUUUAUUGAGGUCGUGUGACAAGUUCCAUAAAGAUAUUGUAAAAAAAGGGUGAUUAGUCACAUAUAUGUCAAAUAACAUUUACUACCAUCUAGUGGUAACUGUGCAGCAUGAGGAUGAGCUGGUGCAGCAGAGGGUGUGCUGAGAAUUUACUGCAGAUUGUCUCUGCUUUACUGCUCCUGAAUGUGAUAUGCAUGAGUGAAAGAUCACACCAGUAAUUCACUCUGUCAAUUAUUCAGUUAUUUGUCUUGCAUGUUUAUUCGGUCAUUAAAAGCUUUAUUAUCUGCCAGUACUUUAUGAUCUUUUUCUCACUACUCACUACUGUAAAUCUAUACAUUGACAUUAUUCAUGAACUGUAAAAUUGGCAUUGAAUCAAACAUAUGUGAAGAUGGACUUUACACAGUGAUAUCAGUUUCAUUCUCAUCAUACACUGGAUUUACAAAUUGUACUCCUGUCUGAGUCAUGGAGAUUGCAUUACGUUCAGUGUCAUACAGACCAGGAAUAUUACUCAGCAUGUCGGGGUUGUUAAACAUGGGAUUAUCGAAGCCAUGGUCGAGAGGUCCGCCAAUAUUGUCGACAUCAGAGGUUUUCUGAGAGCGUCUAAGAGAUGGCAUUGAAGGCAUGGAUGGCAUCUUAACAAGACCCUUACGGAUCAGAGAAACUACAAUGAUGAUGAUUGCGAUCACAAUUAAAACGGCAAACACAAUUCCCGUCACCAUCCCAGCACUCCCUCCGGACUGAUUGCCGCUGCUCCCAGAUGAAGUUUGAAAUUCAACCCCUGUUAUUCCCAGUUCCGAGCCGUGGGAACUAAUAUCAUUUACAAUGUCCUCACCCAGGGUUUCGGACACUUUGCCUGUCUCUCCAUCCAGGAUAACUACCUGGAUCUCAGGUGACGUACCAAAAGGGAUCAGCCCCAUCAGUCGCUGCGGCUUGGAGACUUUUGACAUGCCAAGUUGAAUGGACUUGUAUUGUGGCUUGAUAAGAAAGAGGUGACGGAUUCGUUCCCUGUAAUUCUGCAGAUUGAAACCUUCAGCAAAUCUGAUGGUAAGAAUGGCCCCGCACACGUCACAGCAGUGUCCCACAGGCCUGAGAGGCUGCUUACAGCUAAAAGAUGUACACGUUACUGUGCUACAGAUCACCUGGUGGUUCACAGAGUUCCCACAGUCACAGCCAGUGGGAUCCCCACAACCUGCGUAUCCAACAGUGACGGCCGAGGAUCCAUGAAACUGCAGCCGGCCCGACCGCGAGUUGAGAUACUGGGAGAACUCUGACCUGCUGUCAAACGUCUUCCCCAGCACAGACACGGAUUUGACUGGGAUGCUAGGCUGACUUGAGCUGGUGUCCACUCUGAAGGAGGAGAGAGCUUCGAAGACGACAUCAUCAUGCUGACAGGGGACACUCUCCUCGUGGACAGAGAACAGGAAGUUUCCGAGCUGCAGGUCAUUGAGAGUGACAGCUCCCCGCCACAGAGCUGGAUUAAACCACCGAAGAGACUCCGGGUCCUUGAACUGAGCCGUCGCGCCUGUGCCGCAGCUUGGGUCUUUACCACUGAGGACAUAAAAGCCAGCCCCUGAAUUCAGUAUGAACUCUCCAUCGACGGGCAGCCUCAUCUCCUGCACAGCAUGUGUAGUCUCCACGAACACAGACACUUUUCCUUGGGCUGAAAACUGAACUAUGUCGUUCCCACACGGAACAGUCCCUUUGUCCCAGUUGGUCGUAUUCUCAUAGUUGGUAUCAGGAAUCCACUGUUUGUAAAGGGCAUCUGUUGCCCCGACGAAACAGAACAAGAGGAGCACUUCUCGUGUUUUCAGCAUCUUGAACAUUUGUGACAGGUGGAGGGAAGACGAUGUGACCUUUGUCUCCAGCCUUGUGACUAACACAUGAGUGCACGCUGCUUACUGGGGAACUUCACGACCUCGGAUGCACAUCAUCCUGCUCAAGCAGGUGACCUGUAAAAGAUUGACAUCUUUUAUCUGCAACCUGCAAUAUGAAAACACAUUUCUAUACUAAUUCAAACUAUCUUUACUUCUAAAUUUGUG